ACGAUUGAUAAGAUUUACAAUAAUCAAGCUUAGGUAGAAUUCGCAAGAGCAUAGUUUUGUUUGAGUGUUCGUAAAUACAGUCGUAGAAUAAGGAAUAUCUUGAAUUGGGGCCUACUUAGCAAGGUCAUGCUUACUUGAUUGUUACCUAAGGAAAUCUCAAAGCAAUCAUGAGAAGGAGGGAAUUAUAUGAUGACGAACUCGAACCCCUUGUGGAGAAUACUCAAACACAACCGAAAUAUCAAUGGGAUCUAUUUAAUAAUGUACCUAGAGAGACAAUAUCUGGAUCCACAAUUGAAUCUAAGUACAUUGAUUUAUCUGUAAAAUAUCUAAAAAUUUUCACAGUUAUAUUUACAAUGUUAAUAGUCUUAGGGUGCGCCGUAGUGUCAAAAGCAAGUUUACUAUUUAUGACAUCUCAAAUAAAGCCAAAUAUUACUAGGUUAUAUUGUAAUGAAAACUUGGAUACACGACAACAAUAUAUUGUGAUCCACCCACAAGAAGAAAGAACAGUAUGGAUUUGGAUAAUAAUAUUUUCGUAUAUGGUACCAGAACUAGGAACAUUUAUCAGAUCGGUCAGAAUAAUAAGUUUCAAAAGUUGGAAUUAUCCCACUAAGCUGGACUUUUUGAUUUUGGCAACAACAGAAAUUUUGCCAGUCAUCGGGAGCGCUCUUCUUGUAUUUAUAGUUUUUCCUGAAAUUGAUGUAAUUAAAGCAGCCAUGUUAACCAAUGGCGUUUGCUUGGUACCAGGAAUUGUCGCAAUGAUAUCAAGAUCAACAUCGAAAGUUCGCCAAGGACUAUGUUAUGGACUGGAUAUAGCAGCCAUAGUUAUUCAAGCAAGUGCUUUAGUUGUGUGGCCUCUGGUAGAAAACAGGAAAAUAUUGUAUAUCAUUCCUAUAGCUCUCAGUCUAAUAUCUGUUGGAUGGUGGGAAAAUUUUCUCUCGGAGAAAACUCCAAUUCCCUGGGUAAAAAAAUUUGCAAAGGCAAAAAAACAAUUUAAAACAGAUGUUUAUUUUACAUAUGCCUUAAUCACCCCCAUCAAAUGUUUGAUCUUCCUUUUAUCUGCAGUAACAAUUAUAUGGAUAAGAGAAGGAGAUGUUGGCUUCUUGUUCGAUAAAUUUGGAGAUGCAUUUAGUAGUCACUCGUUUAAUGUUACACAGAUCGAACCAGUGGUAGGAACAUCCAACAUUAAUUACACAGAUGCAGUAGCAGAUAUACAUCCUACUACAAUGGAAACGUCAUAUUGGACACCAAUAGUUACUUGGCUAAUAAAUAUUCUCAGUACAUAUAUUUGCUAUGCUUUUGGAAAAUUUGCAUGUAAAAUUAUGAUUCAGUCCAUGAGCUUCGCACUACCUGUAAAUCUAGCUGUUCCCGUUCUUUUAACAGCUUUGGUGUCCAUGUGCGGUAUGUAUAACAAGAAUGAAUGCGCUUACACCAACGUUUUUCCUGCUUACUUAUUCUUCAAUACUCCAACCAUGUCGCGACUUGAAGACUUUAUUGGCCAUCAAUAUUCCUGGAUAUGGUUUUUAUGGUUGCUUUCUCAAACAUGGAUAACUAUUCAUAUUUGGUCUAACGAUCACGAAAAACUGAUGUCGACAGAACAACUGUUAAAGAAACCGAUGUACGAUGCCUUUUUAAUUGACCAAUCGCUUGCUAUGAAUAGACGAAGAGAACAUGACAGACUUAUUAAAAUUGGAAGAGAACAGACUGAAAACGAAAAUGUACCUCAUGAUAAAAUCACAAGGAUAUAUGCAUGCGCGACGAUGUGGCAUGAGACUAAAGAAGAAAUGGUUGAAUUUUUAAAAUCUGUCUUUAGAUUGGAUGAAGAUCAAUGUGCGCAUAGAAUUGUCCGACAGUAUUUACAGUUCCAACUGCCUGAUUACUACGAGUUAGAAACUCAUAUAUUCUUCGAUGACGCCUUUAUUCGACAGUCACAAAAUGAUAAUGAUCCGCAUGUUAAUGAAUAUGUUCUGUCUUUAAUUGAUACUGUCAGUGAUGCAGCUAGUAAAGUACAUGCUGUGAAUUGUAAAAUUAAACCGCCCACUGUGUACUCAACUCCAUAUGGGGGCAGGUUAGAAUGGACAUUACCGGGUAAAACUAAGAUGAUAGCUCAUUUAAAAGAUAAGGCCAAAAUAAGGGCUAAGAAAAGAUGGUCACAGGUCAUGUAUAUGUAUUAUUUAUUAGGAUUUAGGAUUAUGGACAAUGAUAAGCUCCACCCAACAGAAAUUAAAAACAUGGCCCACAAUACAUAUAUACUUGCUUUAGACGGAGAUAUCGAUUUUCAACCCGCUGCCGUACAUCUCUUGGUGGAUUACAUGAAGAAAAACUCCAGUUUGGGAGCUGCUUGUGGUAGAAUUCAUCCAGUCGGUUCAGGUGCAAUGGCUUGGUAUCAGGUGUUUGAAUAUGCGGUUGGUCAUUGGCUUCAAAAGGCAACCGAACACGUCAUUGGUUGUGUACUUUGUAGUCCUGGUUGUUUUUCUUUAUUCAGAGCUGGAGCCCUUAUGGAUGACAAUGUAAUGGCAAAAUAUACCACAGAAUCUUCAGAAGCACGACACUAUGUACAAUAUGAUCAAGGUGAAGAUCGGUGGCUGUGUACUUUAUUAUUGCAGAGAGGUUACCGUGUAGAAUAUUCAGCAGCUUCUGAUGCCUACACCCAUUGUCCAGAAGGUUUUAGUGAAUUUUAUAAUCAGCGAAGAAGAUGGAUGCCUUCCACUACCGCAAAUAUUAUGGAUCUACUGACAGAUUACAAACAUAUUGUUUCAAUCAACGACAACAUAUCCAAAUUGUACAUUUUAUAUCAAGUAGUCAUUAUGAUUGGUACAGUGAUUGGUCCCGGAACUAUUUUUCUUAUGUUAGUUGGGGCUUUUGUGGCUGCUUUUAAAAUUUCACAAUACGAGAGCUUGAUUUGGAAUGCUAUACCAGUUCUCAUCUUUAUAGUAGUAUGUGCCACGUGUAAAUCAGAUACGCAAUUAUUCUUUGCUGCUCUUAUCACUGGAGUAUAUGGUCUUGUCAUGAUGACAGUAUUCGUCGGUAUGAUGAUCCAGAUCGAACAAGAUGGGUGGCUGGCUCCUUCAUCCCUUUUCUUAGUGGCCACGAUGGGAGAAUUUUUGAUAGCCGCCUUGAUGCAUCCCCAAGAAUUCUACUGCCUCAAAUAUUUAAUUAUUUACUACGUAACUAUUCCCAGCAUGUAUAUGUUGUUGGUAAUAUAUUCAAUAUUUAACAUGAAUAACGUAUCAUGGGGUACCCGCGAGGUCACUGUAGCACCCAAACCGCAAGAGGCAACUCAGGAAGCUACACCAAAUGCAGCACCUGCUCCUGCGCCCAGAGCAAACCAACCAUUAUCAUUUUUUGGUAACUCCAAAGAUAAUGCGGGAUCCUUCGAGUUUUCUUUCGGAGGACUUUUUAAAUUAUUGUGUUGUACCUACGAUAGUAAAGGCGAGGAAAGGGAAGUACUCAGGAACAUACAAACUUCCAUUCAAAAUAUGCAAAAAAAAUUGGACCAGAUGGAGAAGAAUAAACUAGGAGCUAGAGAUUCGAUCCUGGAACCAAGAAAAACCGCUAGACAAACUCAGCUUUUUGUGGGUUUACAAGCUGCAAGAGUUUCACAAGCAGCAAUUCCUCUACAAACGCAGGAGUUCGCUGAUGAAGAUGGCGAUGCUGAUGACGACGAUGAUGAGGAUGAUUCUUCAAAUAUCACUCCUUCGGAAGACGUUGAGCCCAAUAGCUGGUACUACGACGGUAGUUUGAUUAAAAGCGGGGUCGAAUUCAUUGAUAAGAAAGAAAAAAAAUUUUGGGAGAAACUUAUUGAAAAAUAUCUGUCUCCAUUAGAUGAAACUCAUAAAAAGGACGCUGUCGCUAAAGAUUUAAAGGACUUAAGAGACAGAAUGGUGAUGACAUUUUUUAUGUUGAAUGCGCUAUUUGUGUUGAUAAUAUAUCUUCUGAACUUACAACAGGAUAUAAUUCACGUUAACUGGCCCAUUAACCCUAAAGUAAAUUUCACUUAUAUCACCGACGAAAAUAUGAUAAUAAUUGAGAAGACUUAUUUGCAACUACAACCUAUUGGAUUUGUAUUCCUUGUUAUGUUCUCUGCGCUAUUGCUAGUUCAAUUUAUUGGUAUGGGUAUUCAUCGUUUCGGUACCUACUGUCAAAUUAUGGCCAAUACUCAUAUAGAUUUCAGCCUUUUUGGAUCAGAAGUUAAAAAUAUUACAGAAAAAUCUCUGCUGGAAAGAGAUCCCAUAAAGAUCUUUAAGCAACUCAUCAGAUUGCAAGGCAUAAAUGACGAGGAUGAUAAAGAGGAUACCUCAGUAAUAAGGAGGGAAACAGCUCAUUGGUUAGCUUUAAAAAGAGAAAAGAAGGCUCAGCCAGUAAUAGAAGACUUAGAACAGGCCUUCUAUAAAAGGCUGAGUCUAUUUAACAGCGGAAAAUAUAAAGAGCAAAAUAAUCCGUUUAGAGACACAAUGCCUCAAAUAGCCCACAUACGAAAUACCAUAUUGAUGAGGCACUCCCGUCUUCCAGAAUUCACAGGUGGAGUAUCAAGAAAUUACGAAAGACCAGAUAGUGCAAUAUUUCUUGACAACCCCGCUGAAAAUGAAGCUGAAGGUUAAAUAUUUAGUAAAACUUUUAAAAUGUAAUUAUUAUUGUCUUUGUAUUAUAUUAUUAUUUUAUAUUUAAUAAAAAUUUUUAAAUCUU